CCGAAGUGAAGAAGAGAUGCUAUUGACCCAUACAAGGGUACCCAUACAAAGUUGAACUGCAAUUUUAGAUAGAUGGAAGUCUACAGUCGAUUAAAACUAACAGAAAAAUAUAUUUUCUGGCGUGUCAACAAAGUUUAGGGCUGUAGUUUCCGGGUACACAAUUUAGUGCAAACUUGCUUUAACGACCUCGCGAGCGAGAUUCCAGAACAGAAAAGCCUUAGCGAAUGCUAGCUUUUAAGCUACAUUAAGAAGCAAAGAGCAACUGCAUGAAUCCGUGGAACAUUUUGCGGGACAGGCCGAAGACUUGUGUUUUGGUUUAAUACUUCCCCGACAGUAUACGACCACUCGACACAAAUCUCCACUCGUUGGUUAGCUAGGUAACCACAGUGUUAUCCAUCUGAGGGGACAGCUAGCGCAGCAGCCUGCCUUCUGCCGACGUGCACUUCCCCCACUCUUACAGCAGCCGGCUAGCCGCAGCGUUAGUCCGGUACAUAAAAUGAAGCCACCAUCAGCAUUUUUGGACGCUGUGUGGCUCUUUGGAAUUUGCUGAUGCAUGUGGAGAAGAUAUUGUUUUUGUGAGAUCUCUAUCAUAGAGGUCAAAAUCAGUACGGGGAAUGGACGAGCAGAAAUCAAACUGCGAAGAGAAUGACUCUGAACCAACGGCUGAUGACAGUGCCAUUGCAAAGCAGCCUGUUUCCUCUGAGGAGGAGUCUAAAGCCUCUUCUGCUGCUGAGGAUGAGUCUGGUGUUAAUGCAACCUCCUCCAGCAAAUCUCUAGAAAGUUUCCGUGCCUGUGCGCUUUGUAACUGUGUGGAGCGGAGCUUGCAUGGACAACGGGAACUGAGACACUCUGGGCCGUUUUCUGAGCGGCCAACCCUCAAGCCAUCAGCUUCCCCACUGCCACAGCCCGGAAAUGAUGACCUGUCUUCCAUUGGAUUUUCUGACUCCUCUUGUCUGACACCUCUCUUUGAUGACUCAGGGGGUUGUUGGGUUCACCACUGGUGUGCUGUGUGGUCAGAGGGAGUGAAGCAGACAGAAGAUAAGGAGCUGCAAAAUGUGGAUAAGGCCGUUAUCUCAGGGACACAGCGGCUUUGCGAAUACUGCAAAAGGCUGGGUGCAACCAUACGAUGCCACGCAGAGGGCUGCACACGCUUCUACCACUUCCCGUGCUCUGCAGCCAGUGGAUCCUUCCAGUCCAUGAAGCAGUUAGUUCUCCUCUGUCCAGAGCACAUAGAAAAGGCAAAAGAGUUGGCUGGUGAGGAAGCUUGGUGUGCAGUGUGUGACUCAGCAGGAGAGCUCACAGAUUUGCUUUUCUGCACGGGUUGUGGACUGCAUUAUCAUGCAGCUUGUCUGGAAAUUGGUGCCACUCCCAUUCAACGGGCAGGAUGGCAGUGUCCAGACUGUAAAGUGUGCCAGACUUGCAGACAACCAGGGGAAGACUCCAAAAUGUUGGUAUGUGAUGCUUGUGAUAAGGGAUACCACACCUUCUGUCUUGAGCCAGCCAUGGAUUCUCUUCCUUCUGACCCUUGGAAAUGCAGAAGGUGUCGUGUAUGUAUGGAGUGUGGUGUCCGUGGACUGGUGCUGUCAGGUUCGGCCCAGUGGUUUGAGAACUACACUGUGUGCGAGGGAUGCCAGCAUCACCGCAGCACAGUGUGUUGCGUGUGCAGCAAGGCUACCAACCCAUCUGUUGGUCUUCAGUGCUGCAUCAGCUGUCACAGAUGGAUGCACAGUGAGUGUGCUUCAGUAGGGGAGCUUCCAGAAUCCAAGAUUACUUGCCUACUUUGCAAGGAAGAUCAGCAGCAGCCUCAUGUUAAAACACACACAGUGGGACUGGAGACCAGAGAGGAGAUGACAAUCCAAGUGGAUGCUAACAUGGUCACAGAAAAGCAGGCAGAUUUAUCGGAGGUGACAACAGGACACAAGGUCACAUCUGAAAUGGAUCAGGCUGGAGAUGAGCCAGUAAAAGAAACGCCUAUGGACUUUGGGGUGGAGUCUGUAGAUGCUCAGACAACUGAUGAUGUGGAGAUGACCAAGGAGGGAGAACCACAGGCAGCAACCAAAGGAUUCACUUGUGAAGCACCAGCUGCAUCACUUGUGUCCACAGUAUGCGCAACGUCAGAAAAGGUGGGCCCUUGUCGUCCUGCGGAUGAAGAGAAUAUAGAAGAAGCAGUCAUCCAGAUGACUAAGGGCAUCCUUCCCCAGGACAUCACAGCAGUGACACAGUCAGGCAACAACCCUAUGGUAGAGCCUACACAUUUGUCCCCUAAAGUCCCUGAAAACAUGGAGAUGGGGACAGAGGAAGAUGUCCAAGAGGCAGUUGAAAAAGAACCAUCACAGGAGUCAUUAAAGAGCAGAUAUGAGAUUAUUUCAGAACCAUUUAGGAAGGAUUCACAUGAGUUACCAACUUCUUCCAUGUCUGCAAACAAAACAGGGCCUUUGUCCAUGGAUGAAAAGCAGGAGAUUGGGGGUCUUGACAUAGACCCUCAGUCUCCUACCAUUUCUUUAUCAGCUGACACACAAGAGACCCUCUCUAUUGUGGACAUGGAGGGGAGGCUACUUGCUCCUUCUGAAGAGGAGGAAGAAGAAGAGGAUGAUGAGCCAUUAAAAGGCCAUACUGAGGACAUAAAGCAGAAACUGCAAGAGAUUAAGCCAGAAUUGCUUCUGGAUGAAAUGUCCAACAUGAGUCAUGAAGAUGAGAGCAGCAGUGGCUUCUUGGGCUCUCCAGGAGAACCUGAUCCUCAACUGUCCAUGGAACUUGGUCUCGUGCCUGCUGGCCGCUCACACACAGACAGCUUGCUCACUGAGACCGAUGAUUCUCUUCCCUUUGAACUGCUUAGAAGUGACAGAGAAAAGGCAAAGCGUAGAGGAUCCCCAGGCCGCUCAAGGGUCAAACAGGGGAGAAGCAGUAGUUUUCCUGGAAAGCGCAGACCUCGAGGUGGUGGUGGAGGGAGAGGACGUGGUGGGAGGUCACGCCUCAAAGCCAUGGCCUCCUGCAUUGAUGCCUUCUUGCUGAGCAUGACCUCAGACACUGGACUAAGUAAAGAGGAAGAUGAUGAGGAAGAUGAUACCAUGCAGAACACAGUGGUUCUUUUCUCAAAUACUGAUAAAUUUGUCCUGCUUCAGGAUAUGUGUGUUGUGUGUGGUAGUUUUGGAAAGGGUAUGGAGGGACAGUUGCUAGCUUGUGCUCAGUGUGCCCAGUGUUAUCAUCCUUAUUGUGUAAACAGUAAGAUUAACAAGAUGAUGCUUCGAAAAGGCUGGCGAUGUUUGGAAUGUAUUGUGUGUGAAGUCUGUGGAAAGGCCUCAGACCCCUCCCGUCUGCUGCUGUGUGAUGACUGUGAUGUCAGCUAUCAUACCUACUGCUUAGACCCACCUCUGCACACUGUACCAAAGGGUGGUUGGAAGUGCAAAUGGUGUGUGUGCUGUGUCCAGUGUGGUUCCAACUCACCGGGUUUUCACUGUGAGUGGCAAAAUAACUAUACUCACUGCGGCCCUUGUGCAAGCCUUGUUACCUGUCCGGUAUGCCGAGAGAACUUCAUGGAAGAGGAGCUGCUGCUGCAGUGUCAGUACUGCGAUCGAUGGGUCCAUGCUGUCUGUGAGAGUCUGUACACAGAGGACGAGGUAGAGCAAGCUUCUGAUGAGGGCUUUGCAUGCACAUCCUGCACACCAUAUGUCCCAAAACCUGUGGUAGAGUCUGCCAUUAUGGCUUCAAUAAAGAUCAAAGAGCCAGAACCACAGUUCUACAGGUUGGAAGGUGUGUGGCUGACGGAGUCGGGCAUGUCCCUGCUUCGUAGCAUUUCCAUGUCUCCUCUGCACAAGAGACGGCAGCGUCGCUCCCGUCUUGGCACUUUGUGCAGUGAAGGUCCGGAUGGAAUGGAUCUGAGGGAGGUCGAAGGAGAAGGGGAGGAAGGAAAAGGCUGUGGGGAACCCAUGGAAUGUGAAUCCAAAAUGGAGCAACCAGGAAGCCCUGACAGGGAAGGUGGUGAGAGGGAUGCAGGAGCUGAGGGAGGCGCUGAAGGCAUGGCUGACUGCGAGGGUCUGAAAGGGGGAGGAGAGGAGAUGGAUGAUAGCAAAAAAAGGAAGCGGAAACCUUACAGGCCUGGGAUUGGAGGCUUCAUGGUGCGACAAAGGAAGUGUCAUACACGGAUGAAGAAAGAAUUUUUUGCCCAGCUGGCUGGAGAAACCACAUUAGAUGGUCAGCCAAUAGAGAGAACCAUUGAAGAAGGACCCCACCCUGACACAGAUAACAUAAUGGAUCCUAAACCAGCUGAAGGUGAGGAGCAGGCCAAGAAACGCCGGGGACGAAAGAAGAGCAAACUUGAGGACAUGUUUCCAGCAUAUCUCCAGGAGGCAUUCUUUGGCAAGACACUAAUAGACAUGAGUAAGAAAGCUGUGAUGAUAGCCCCAGGGCAGAAGCCAGGUGCUUGCCUUGUUCGACCUUCAUUACCAGCACCAACAGGCGUCAAAACUACUACCCCAGAGAUUGAGGCCAAGGAUUCAGUGGUGGAAGGUAAUUUUCCUCUCAAGCAAGAAGGGAGUGAGCCCCCCCAGGCUCAGGGAGACGGUGCAAGAAUUCCUACAACGUCUUCAUCUGUAAAAGACCAGAUGUCAACUGAUCCUCAUGACUCUGAUGCAGAAAACAGUGAAGGUCUUCCACAAGGAGUGGAGAAUCAGGACUCUGAGCAGUUCUUCAGGAAAGUUCUUGGAGUGCCAGAUGGUUCAUCAUUGGGGGGCAUGAAGCCCAUCAUGGAGGGCAGUAAAGGAGAACUAAAUCGCAGCGCUCUGCCUCAGAGAGCUGUUAUCUCAGGGUCCCUGCCCUCAGCUGGAAUGAUGGAUGCUUUUCCUGGCCUCUCUCAGUCACCCUUCUUUGACAUGCGGGACAGAGGAGGACUCUUCAGUCCAGAUGGGGGCGAGGAGAGUCCGUGGGCCACUCCUUCCACCCCAGCAACCCCUUCCUCACCACCUACUCCCACAGAGGGAGAAGGUGAUGGAUUGUCUUAUAACCAGCGCAGUCUUCAGCGCUGGGAAAAAGAUGAGGAGCUGGGAGAGCUCUCAACCAUUUCCCCUGUUCUUUAUGCCAAUACAAACUUCCCUACUCUUAAACAGGAUUACCCAGACUGGGCAAGUCGCUGUAAACAGAUCAUGAAGAUCUGGAGGAAAGUGUCUGCUGCAGACAAGGUUCCAUAUCUGCAAAAAGCCAAAGAUAACCGAGCAGCUCAGAGGAUCAACAAGGCACAGAAGCAGGCAGAGAGUCAGGUGUGCAGGCCAAUCAAAACAGAGCCAGGCCGUGCAAAAGGAGAACGACCUAGCUUACACCUUCAGAUUCCACCACAUUCCUCAACUUCAAUUUCCUCCCAGCCGAGCUCUGCAGAGAGUCCGUAUCCCUUUCCUCCAGAUUCAGGGUCAUCCUCUGUCUUCUUCUCAGAUGGACCUAUAAAAACCCCAUUGUCAGCUGAAAUAAGGACAGAUCCCUUGGCUAAACUUCCACCUCAGUCACCCCAUUCUCACUCGCAUCCAACCACACCUUUCUCACAUGCUGGGGCCAGCCCUUUACAGGCCUCUUCCUCAGGUUUUUCUGCUUCCGGCCCACAGGGUCCUCCUCAGGGACGGCCAGCCAGUCUUGGCCCUUUUGACAUGCAACCAGGAACUCCUGGAACCCCCAGACGGGCUCAGCAGGUUGACCCCUAUUUCAGAUCACAACUGCAGCAUCAACAGGGUCAUCUACCACAAUCGCAGCAAGGCUCUCAGGAGUCCCUGGGACCUUCUGAAAGUCCCCUUUCAAGAGGUCCUGGGCUUGGGGAGUCGACAAUCUUUUCACCACCCCACAGUACCCACUAUGGAGACUCUUUCAGAGCCCAACAGGGAAUGGGACGAUCAGAAUACGGUUCAUCCCCCUCACCAUCUGCUCUAGCCUCUUCACCUGCAAGUUCAGGGCAGUACAGGGCUGAUAUGAGUGCACCUUCUUCACGUUCUGCUUCUGUUGGAAGACCUGAACCUUCCACUGGCUCCCCUGCUGGGAUGCUGGAGUCUGGGGAUGGUUUAUUCAAGGCUCCGAUGACACCACGAAUGCACCAAGGAGAGAGUGGGGCACUUCACCAUGCAGCCUCCCCUAGCCAUCCUUCUGAUAGCUAUAGGCAGUCUCCCUCCCACACUUUUUCUGACCCCCAUGCUCAUCCACCGCUCACUCCCAGACCACAGUUGGGUGACAACUGUUCUCUUGGGCCCCAGAGAAUUCCUGUAGCUCAACAGGAUCAUGGGAUUCAAAGAGUGCCCUCUAGUCCACAGUCCCAGGGCAGCUCUCAGUCUCCCCAUACUCCUGGUGGCCUGUCCAACGAUGCUUACUCUGUCCAGUCUCCUGCUACCCCUCGUUUCCAAUCCCCAGACCCUUGUUCUCAGCCACCAUCAAGGCCACAAUCUAGAGACCCUUUUGCUACUGUCCACAAACCCCCUCGCACUCCCUCACUUGCUCCAGAAGGAACUGGAAACUACAAAACAUCACCUCAUCCUAACCAGCCACCUCCAGCCCACCCUGUCAGCAGUUCUGCAGGGGAUCUUCUCUCUGGUAAACCAUCAGCAACCCCCGUUUUCAGCUGCAGCCCCAGUACGGGAACCUUCCAAAUAACCCAACAGCAGGCUCAGAUGGCACACGGGCAGCCUCCACAAUCACAGCCACAACCUCAGUUGACACCAGGAGCAGACAGUCUUAGUUCCAGGUUGCCCCCUUCAUCUGGAUCUCAAGAACUACCAUCUGUUCACCCUCCAGACUUGUCUCAUCAGCCAUCGCUGCCAGGCACAGAAAUGCCUGACAUCUCUGCAGUGCAGGACCCCUCAUUAGUUGGACUCAGUCCGUCUGAGCUGGAGAAACACAGACAGCGACAGAAACUGAGGGAAUUCUUAAUUAGACAACAAAUGCAGAGAAAUUCCAUCAGACAAGAGAAAGAGGCUGCAGCCGCUGCGGCUGCUGCUGCUUCUGCUUCAGCUGCUGCUGCUGGAAGUGCAUCCCCUGGCUGGUCUGGAGGAGAGAUGGGAUCCUUUCAACAGGACAAGUCUCACAGAGCACCUCCACCCUAUCCACAGGAUCGUGUUGCUGCUACUCCCUCUGGAGCUCAAGCCUCUGUUGCUGGAAAGAUGCCCGUGGCUGUAGGAGGCAUGGAUGAUAAACUAAUUCGCCCACCGCCUCCAGGAACACCUGCCAUUGUGGAUCCUGCAACACUAAGGCUACCAGGACCUACUAGACCACAGGGCAUGUUUCCCCGUCCACCAUUCCCUCCUCAAUGGCAGGGCCAGGCUCCAGGUCAAAGGAGGUUCCCCCAGCCUGGCAUGGAAGCUAUGGGCAUAAGGCACAAUCUUAAUCCUGCUGUCAACAUCCAGGGUAUGGAAGGCAUGAGUAACCCCCAUACUAUGAUGCCAGGACAUGGAGGAGAGAGCAUACAGCCUUUGGGUCAAGGGCACCCACCGCAGUUCAUUGAAUUGAGGCACAACUCACAAAGGCUGCCCCUUAGACCACAAUUUAUGCCCCGCGGACACCAGCCAAGACAGCGCCUCUUUGUCCCCCAAGAUAUGGCUUCACCUUAUGUGCAGCAGCAUCCCAUACCUCAAGCUGGUGGUAUUAAAACAGAGGGGGGUAGUGACUCACAGCUGGGGUUUCCACAGGGGGGUCUGUCAGUUUUACUGUCUGAUCAGUCCACAACCUCUGUUUCACAGCAGCCCCAUUUGCAGCCUCAGGCCGCUACUUCCAACUCGAGCACUCCAAAUACUGGCCAGCAAAAACUUGCACAGCCAGGCUUGGUAACAGAGCCUCAGUCUGCAGCUGUAGAAAACAGUGAGGAAUUGCCAGAGCCUGAUCUUGAGGGGCUAGGAGAUGCUCCAGGGGAUGGAGGUGUGGAGGAUGAGGAUGAUCUGGCUCUUGACUUGGAUCCUGACAAAGGAGAUGAUGACUUGGGCAACCUGGACAACCUUGAAACCAAUGAUCCGCAUCUAGAUGACUUGCUCAACAGUGAUUUUAACAGUGAAUUUGAUUUGUUGGCUUACACUGACCCUGAACUGGACCAAGGCGAUCCUAAAGAUGUCUUUUCAGACCAGCUGCGGCUGGUGGAAGCAGAAAGUGAAGCACCUUCAUCUUUGUCUGGACCUGCCCAUGCUAAAGUGAAAGACAAAACUAAAGUGGAGCCAGGGCACAAGCCUUUAUCCAAGGUCCCUACUACUACACCGGUAUCUUCUACCAAGCUGCCAUCCUCUGCUGUAACUGCUGAUAUAUCCAAAGUCAAAGUAGAAGACAGAGGUCAGACCCCUCGGCUGCAGUCAGGGCAGACUGUGAUUAAAGAUGGCGUAGGUGAGACUGUGUCAAUGCUUCUUGGUGGGAAUACACCAACAACCAAGACAGCAGAAACAGAAAACCAGCCAGCCUCACUGAGUUCUGUUCGAUUAGGUGGACUUCCAUAUCCCUUGCCAAGCCAAGAUGAUUCAUUUUCUUCUGGUACCCCACAUAGAGAUAUCAGUGAUGAUACGCUGGGGCUACCUGAUGUAGGGGGGCAGCACUCCCCUGCAGAAGAUUUGGCAAAGGUAGAAAGCUCUUUAGAUGGUGAAUUGCCUCUUCUAAUCCAAGAUCUACUUGAACAUGAGAAGAAAGAACAGCAGAAGCAGCAACAGCUUAGUUCUCUUCAUCAGGGAGGCAUGGCUCCUCGUUUUCCUGGCCUCUCAAAUCAACAUCCAAACCAGCAGGCACCUGGACAACUAAUGCUACAACAUCAGCAUCACCCACCACCCCAAGGAAUGGUACCACAGUCAGGAAUGGUACCGCGUGCUCCACAUAUGUUGCAACAGCAGCAAAGGCUUAUGGGACCUGGAAUGGCACCUCAGCCUCACAUAGCCAUGACCCAACAGCAAGCCAUGAUGAGAGCAGGGCAGCCAGGGAUCCACCCAGGCCUUGGUGCUCAACCACAGCCGGCAGUAAAACAGUCAUUGGCCAACAGUUUCUUCCCAGACAAAGAUUUGGACAAAUUUGCUGCUGAUGACAUUAUGGAUCCCAUUGCCAAGGCAAAGAUGGUGGCACUAAAGGGUAUUAAAAGAGUUUUGGCACAGGAUCCAAUGGUCGUUCCUUCUGGCAUUAACAGGCAACAAGUUUCUCUGCUUGCUCAACGACUGGCCUCUGCCCCAGGCGCAGAUCCAGCUCAGGUCCCAUCCGGUCCACUGAAGGAAGGGGAAGCAAGUGACCCUGCCCAAUCAAGACCUAAUCCUCCUCAGUUUGUGCAAGGAAUCAUAAAUGAUGCAGAACAGCAUCAAUAUGAAGAAUGGCUACUUCAUACUCAGCAGUUACUCCAAAUGCAGUUGAAAUUUUUGGAGGAACAGAUUGGAGUUCACAGAAAAUCCCGCAAAGCACUGUGCGCUAAGCAACGCACAGCUAAGAAGGCUGGCAGGGAGUUUGCUGAGGCAGAUGCAGAGAAACUGAAGUUGGUUACAGAGGAACAAAGCAAGAUUCAGAAACAGCUUGACCAGGUGCGCAAGCAGCAGAAGGAGCACACCAAUCUUAUUGCAGAAUACAAAAGCAAGCAACAACAGCAUCAACAAGGCUCAGGUCUGCUUACCCCAGGUCAUUCUGCACAAGGUGGACCCUCUCGCAUGUUUCCAAAGAUGCCUGGCCAGAUGAUGAUGGGGCAACAGGGAACACCAGUAAUGGGCCAACAUCCUGGCAUGAUAGCCCAAGGUGGAAUGCCUUUAAGGAUGCCCCAAGGGCAGCCCUUUAUAGGAGCACAACCUCAGCUUCCUGCUGGUCUUGGAGGCAGUGGUGCCAGAGUUCCAGGUCCUCCAACAGGGUUCUUCCCACAGGCUUCUGGAAUGCAAGGUGCAGACCCCAGAAUUAUUCAGGAAAGACAGCUUCAGCACAGGAUGCAAAUGGUAAAGAUUCAGCAACAGCAGCAGGUGAUGAUGAGUCAACAGCCAAUACCACACCAAAGUCAACAGUCUGGCUUAAUAACUCAGCAACAGUCUGGCAUGAUGGGAAACCAACUUAUGGCCCAGCAGCAAGCAAACACUCAACAGGGAAUGCUAGCCAAUCAGGCAAAUCAGCAGAACAUGGUGCAGGUCCAACAAGGAAUGGUUGGAGGCCAGUCUGUGGGCCCACCACAACAGAACCUUGUGGUAGGCCAACCUAUUAAUCACUCUCAAGCCAUGACUACUCAACCAGGGAUAAUGGGAGGUCAGUCAUCACAACAACAGAGGCCUCAGCUGAUGAUGGGUCAGCAGGGUGUGGUCGGGUCUCCAGGUCACCCAGGACUUAGAGGACCCCAGGCUCAAUUGAUACCACAACAACAGAACAUUUUAGCCCAGCACAUGCUUACUUCUCAACAGCAGCACAGUGUUGCAAAGAAUUUAACCCACAUUCAGCAGCAUCAGAUGACACAGCAAAGGCACUCAACACAAAUGAUUAGUCAGUCCAGCCAAGAUCAAGGAGGACUUUCCCAACCAUCUACACCACAAAUGGGCUCACCACCUUCUGCAGGAAGUAAUACACCCCAACCACAGGGCUCUACAGACAGCCAAAACUCAGGACCCAAAGACGGUAGAAUCCUCAGCCCUGCCUCAAAAACUCCACCACAGCAAAGUGGACCAUCCACUCCCAGUCAGAUGUCCCAGCAAGGCUCUAUUAAUGAGCAUCAGUCUGACCUGGGACGGCAACAGUUGCAGCAACAUCAAAGCCAGAUGUAUAUUACCCAGCAUCAAUCAAAUCCUCAAUCUGUACAUGAACCACAAACCGGUUUGACUGGAAACCAGCAAGCUGGUGUGCCUUUGCAACACCAGCAUCAGCUUCCACUUGGUCUCCAGAGGCAAGCUUCCCUCACUGUUGAGAAACCAGGUUUAAUAACAAUAAAAGAGGAAGGGAAACCAGUUGAUUUCCUAGCUCCACAACAGCAAACUGCUCAAAAUAACUCACAGCAGUCGCAGGAUCACACCAUGCAAUCACAGAUCAUCGGUCAGAAUCAUCCUGGCCAACCACAACCUGUUCCGAUGGGACUUAAUCCACAGCAGCAAGCCCUCAUGGCCCAGCAACAGAAACAACAGGCAAUGAUGGGCAUGAUGAGAGCUCAACAACAAGGGAUGAUGGCACAGAGGCCUGGGCUCCCACCUGGACAGAUCCGUGCUCCCAUCAACAUCCAGGCUAUUAUUGCCCAGAAUCCUCAGCUUCGCAAUCUACCCCCAAACCAACAGAUACAGCACAUUCAGGCUAUGAUUGCGCAGAGGCAACUCCAUCAGGGACAGAUGUUGCGGAUGACAGCAGGCCAAGGACAACCAAGACCACAGCCUCCACAGGUUGGGCAGCAGAUUAUGGCAAUGGACAGCCAUCACAUGCCAUGUGGAAACAUGGGAAAACCAGGAGCAGUGGCUAGUCAACAGCAGUCAGGCAUGUUUGGCCAGCAACCUGGUGUUGCUUCUCAGAUACAGCAAGGAAUGAUGCUUUCUGGUCAGCAGCAGCCUCAACCAGGGGAAAUGAUGCAGCAGCAUAUAAUGAGAGGCCAGGUACCAAUGCCACGUUCCCCUAUGGACCAGAGUCGUAUGAUAAGGCCAGCAUCUCCACGUCAACCAUUAGCCAACUCUCCUGGGGAUCAACAACGGCAUACAUUUAAUCAAGUUAUGCGUCCACCCACUCCCACCCAAAAUCAACAGCAAGCACUAAUGGCAGCUGCAGCAGGCCGUGUGCAGGGCUCUCCAUCUCAUGCAUAUUCUCCCAGAGGUCCUUUUGGCAUGAGCCCAGCCAACCCAGCUUCACCUCAUUCAUCCCAUGUCUCCUCACCUUCUGUAGGUGACAAUAGAGCUGGAAGGGGGAGUCCAUACAGCCAAGUUAAGGCAUCCCCACUCAGAUCACCUGGAGCCAAGAGCCCACUUGAUUGUCCCGGACUGAAAGUAGAAAUUCAGAUGUCAGGCAGUGAAACAGCUUCUGUUGUUCCUAAUGGGCCACAAAAAUGCAUGAAUAUUCAGCAACAGCUGCAGCAGGGAAUGGAAAGCCACAUUCCUCACACACAACAGGGAGAGUCAUACAAGAUGACAAUACAGAACAUCAAACAGGAACCGAAGGAGGUUCAGUGUGAUGGUACAACAGAGACUACUCCUGGAGUCAUAAAACGAGAAGCAGCAGGUGAGAUGGUUUCUUCUGGGAGCAACACUAGCUUUAUUAAUAGUGGAAAUUUGUCUAGAGAUCCCGAGACCCCAGGAUCCAGAUCCGAGACUGGACAGCAACUGCUACAGAAACUCCUGAAAACUAAGAAUCUUCAACUUGGUGCUCAAAGGCCCUCUGAAGGCAUCCACAAUGAGAUCAAUGGUCACAUCAACAGCAAACUGGCAAUGCUUGAGCAAAAACUUCAAGGGACUCCUCGAAAUAUGGAGGAUUUACAGUCUAUAACAAAAAGGGCUCCUGUACAAAAGCCAAAGCGCACAAAUAAGACGACUGGAGACAGAGGGCCAAAUUCACGGAAAAAGAAUAAGAAGGAGGAGGUUGGGAAAAGUGCUGAAGCCCUAAUAAAACAACUUAAACAGGGUCUCUCCCUUUUACCCUUGAUGGAGCCAUCAAUCACUGCCAGUCUGGAUCUCUUUGCUCCUUUUGGAAGCAGUCCAGCCAAUGGCAAAGCUCAGCUCAAAGGAUCCUUUGGAAAUGCAGUGCUGGACAAUAUACCCGACUACUAUUCUCAGCUACUUACCAAGAGUAACCUCAGCAACCCCCCAACACCCCCAUCAUCGUUGCCACCUACACCACCUCCAUCAGUACAGCACAAGCUGUUGAAUGGAGUGACUCCAGGGGAGGAGCUCUCUGAGGUUCAGAAAGAUGCUGAGACAGCUGAUGAGCCAAUGGAUUCUGCCACAGAGGAAGUGAAGAGUGUAGACAUUCUAGCAGCUCUCCCCACACCACCACAUAACCACAAUGAGGACAUCAGGAUGGAAAGUGAUGAUGAGGAUGCCCCAGAAAGCAUUAUCCCUGCGUCAUCCCCUGAGAGUAAUGUAGGAGAUGAAACACCCCGAUUUCCUCACUUGCGGGAGCCUAAGGAGGAGGAGACCGAGAGGGCAAUAUCCCCAAUCAUACCCCUCAUACCUCGCACUACCAUCCCAGCCUUUCCAGAAAAUAAACUACUUGAAGGACCUGAUGGCAAGACUGUUUCCACAUCCAACCACUGGGACAAGACUAAAAGCAAUGAAGUGUCUGUUACACUCACAAUGUCCUCUGCCGCAGCAAAGAAACUUAAUCAUGUAAUGAUGGCCAUGGCCCAGCUGCUGAGCAUAAGGAUGCCAGGUUCUUAUGAAGUAACGUUCCCUCCCCAAAAUGCUGACAUGCCUGGAAUUGAUGGGCCUGGAAAAGGACCUGGUCAGUCAGGGGCACUGAGCACAAAGGACAGCCCUUCACCAAGUCAGGAUGAUUGGCUCAGGCAAUUUGAUGUCUCUCUGCCUGGUUGCACACUGAAGAAACAAGUGGACAUUUUGGCACUAGUGAAGCAGGAAUUCUCAGAAGAAGAGGAGAAACCAGUGCAACACUGUUACACAACAAAUGUAAACGAUUUGGAUGUACGCCAUCUUCCAGUUAUACCAGUGGAGGAGUCUCCACCCCCAUCACCAUUGCCUCCUCAGCCUUCUCCACCUUUACCAGUCACAGCUGGUGAGGCUGAAUCUUCCAAAAAGUCAACAUCUCCAACCCCCCCUCCUUCCAGCCCCACUGACAUUCAGACUAAGACUGAGCCUGAACAGGAUGUUGAUGCUCCAACUGAUGAUGCUAAACCUGCUAUUGUCUCAGAGUCAGAAAUUUUCGCUCCAGAUAUGGUUACUGAACCUUCGACUGCCCCUUCACAUAGUGAUCCCACCAUACCUUCUGAUCCUACUGCUCCUUCUGAAGUUCAUCUGAGUGCUACUGUCAAGGAGGAGGAUUCUGUCACUGAGCCAGCUCAACCUCCUAAAGAUUCUCCCAUUACCAUGGAGUCUUCACCUAAGGCUGUCAAACAACGCAGGCCUCUCUCUCCUGAUGAGGAGAUAGUACACCCCAAAUUGAAAAAAUGGAAAGGGAUUCGCUGGAAGCGGCUUCAGAUUGUCAUCACAAUACGCAAGGGUGGAUCAAAGAAAGAGAACAGCCGGGAGGUUUCUGAGCUGAUGGAACGUCUGCGGAUCACUCUUCGACCAGAGAAGCUGCCACGAGAUAAACGCAAAUGCUGCUUCUGCCACGAUGAAGGUGAUGGGGCUACAGAUGGGCCUGCACGCUUGCUCAACAUUGAUGUGGAUUUAUGGGUGCACCUAAACUGUGCUCUGUGGUCCACAGAAGUGUAUGAGACACAGGGAGGUGCCCUAAUCAAUGUAGAGGUGGCUCUGCGGCGCGGAUUGCGGACUCUUUGUGCGUACUGCCAGAAAACUGGUGCCACCAACAGCUGUAACAGGUUGCGCUGCCCAAAUGUCUACCACUUUGCCUGUGCCAUCCGAGCACGCUGCAUGUUCUUCAAGGAUAAAACAAUGUUGUGCACCCAGCAUAAGCUAAAGGGCCCCAGUGAUGAUGAACUCAGUACAUUUGCUGUUUUACGUCGGGUUUACAUUGAGCGUGAUGAAGUGAAGCAGAUUGCCAGCAUCUUACAGCGAGGUGACCGUAUCCACCUAUUCCGUGUAGGUGGUCUAAUCUUUCAUGCUGUGGGCCAAUUGUUGCCUUCCCAGAUGGCCAACUUCCACUCACCCACUGCCAUCUUCCCUGUUGGCUAUGAGGCCACUCGCAUCUAUUGGAGCACGCGUGUGCCCAACAAGCGAUGUCGCUACCGCUGCCGCAUCAGUGAAGAUGAUGGCCAGCCUCUGUUUGAGGUGCGUGUUUUGGAGCAUGGCAUGGAGGAUUUGCACUAUCACGACACUACUCCAGAUGGAAUCUGGAACCAGAUUAUUCAGCAAGUGGCUAAACUCCGUGAUGAAUCAUCCAUGUUGAAGCUGUUCACUGAUCAUCUGAAGGGAGAAGAGAUGUAUGGCCUCACAAUUCAUGCAGUCAUGCGAAUCACUGAGUCGUUGCCUGGAGUGGAAAACUGCCAGAACUACCAGUUCCGAUAUGGCCGGCACCCUCUGAUGGAGCUUCCCCUCAUGAUAAAUCCCACUGGCUGUGCUCGCUCUGAACCCAAGGUCCCCACACAGUGCAAGAGGCCUCACACUUUGAAUAGCACCAGCGUGUCAAAGGCCUACCAGAGUACCUUCACUGGAGAGCUCAACACACCGUACAGCAAGCAGUUUGUCCACUCAAAGUCUUCUCAGUAUCGGCGUCUGAAGACCGAAUGGAAGAACAACGUGUAUCUGGCACGCUCUCGUAUUCAGGGCUUGGGGCUGUAUGCUGCAAAGGAUCUGGAGAAGCAUACCAUGGUCAUUGAGUACAUUGGUACUGUCAUACGCAACGAGGUGGCCAAUCGCCGUGAGAAGAUCUAUGAGUCACAGAACCGUGGGAUCUACAUGUUCCGCAUCAACAAUGAGCAGGUGAUUGAUGCUACUCUAACAGGUGGUCCAGCUCGUUAUGUGAACCAUUCCUGUGCCCCCAACUGUGUUGCUGAGGUUGUAACAUUUGAUAAAGAAGAUAAGAUUAUCAUCAUUUCCAGCCGCAGGAUUCCCAAAGGAGAAGAGCUGACCUAUGACUACCAGUUUGAUUUUGAAGAUGAUCAGCACAAGAUCCCUUGCCAUUGUGGAGCCUGGAAUUGCCGGAAGUGGAUGAACUAACCAGAAGAAAUAAAAAGGAGAAUUGCUGUCGGUGGUACCAGAACACUUGUUCGCCAAAGCCUUUGAAUCCUACAAAGCCAGUGCAUAAGCUGUUCUGAAAGAUGUGGAAGGAGGCUGUCCUCCACUAUUGAAAGACAAAAGUGUUGACACCUGUAGCCAAAGGUCUGAAAAGCAUUAAUCAAUAAGAAACAACCAACCACCUUAAAUCAACAGCUGCUUGAUGGUGGGACUUCGCUUGUUUUGGGCUUGUGAAUCACCCUUUCCUUCGCCAAAACCUAUUUUCCCUCUCGACCAUUCUACUCUCAAUAAGCUUGCAGUGGUUUGAAUAGAAUCCUCAACAUCUACCAAAUGAUUCUGACCCUCUGAUAUCAGUACUUGUAGUACAGAGCUCUCCUAGAGCUCCAACAAAAAGCCAUGUUAAAAUACUAAGAAUAAACUAAGGAUGCAUUUUUAUGUUUUAAGUUGGACCUAUUUCCUGUCCCACCUGACCACACCUCCCCCUCACCUCCCAGAAAAGGCACUUUCCCCAUCAAGUCAUCGAUGAUUCAUGACGACAACUUGGAUUAUUGGCUCGCUAGACAAUCUUGAUGUGGCGCUGUGUAAGAACCACACACGAUCGAUGGAUAAGGAAAAAAAAAAAAUUUAGGUUAAAAAAAAAAUUGAGACGCUAUUCAUCUGUGGCUCCAGCAGCACCAGAUGUUCUGACUGUGUGGAGUCCCAAGGUGGGUUAAUCCGACCCAGUCUACCUCACUGAUUUAGCGGGAAGUGACUGCUUUGUAUAAGAACUGUUAACUGCUACUGUGGAAUUACUCUGUGGGGGGCGUAGGGGGGUGGUGGGGGUGGGGUUUUUAUGGGCUUAGCCCUCUCGGACAAGCAGGGAAUCUAAAGCAGCAGGUUUGCUCUAUCUACUCUAUGCUGAUGAUGAUUUACAAUAAUGAGCCAACAUAAUUAUUAUACAUGAAUUAUUUAUACAGAAGAAAUAUAUGACAGUUUUGAUAAGAUAUUGCAUUAAAAUCACAAUCAGAAGCUUACUGGGCGCUUUUUAUGCCACCAAAUCAUCCUGGAUGUUGAUGUAAUCUUUUUUGCUUUUUUUUUUUUUUUUUUUUUUUUUUAUUUAUGCAUCUCAAAAAUCAUGGUAUUCGCUGUGUGAAAGCACAAUAACAUCCACCUUUUGAGUUGCCUGAGACAAUAAUGAUCUAAAUGUAUGGCUCAAGGAUCAUCUAGUCUUUGAAGAGGAUUUAAAAGUCCAAACUUAACCAAGUACCCUUUAGAUGUCUGCUUUAUUCAUUGAAGUUCCACCUGCUGAAAGCAGCUGGUGGAUGCAUGACUACUGUCCCAUGUAAUGCUUUUUAUUCCCUAACAACUCAACCUUAAAACUUUGAAUCAUGCCUCUUCCUCUCUGUAUUAUUUAAUGGACUGUUUAACUUUACUGUAGUAAGUCUUCCUCUGCCUGAGUACAGCCUGCAGUGUUUUUACUUCCCCUGUAGUGUGCUUUUUCUAGUACUGGUACUGUCUAAUUGAGGCUGAACUGGUGGCAGGGAAAGACUUAUUGGAUGAAAGGGCAUUUGUUUUCAUUUGUGUAAGAUAAUGAAAAAAGUCUUUAAAGGGAGCUUUACUAAAACUCCAUCUUCCCAUACUACUUUGUUUCAUCCUCCCCCCGUAACCUAUGACCUCACAAUUUAAAAAUGCAAAGUUGUACAAACUGUAAAUAUAGUAUAUGCAUCAGGGGACAGCAACUCUUUAUCCCACCCCUUUGUAAUCAAUAAAGUUAAAAGUGCAGAAAAACAUCUGUAGAAAAAAGAACCACUGGAUAUCAUUUUAACUAAGAUAAAGCUGUACAUAAAUAUAAAUAUAUGUAAAAUGGCAAACUAAUAUCUUUAUGUAUAUGAACCAGAGUGUUUUGCAUUUACCUGUUUUUCUAUUAGUGUUUUUUGCUAUAAGCUUUGAGACAAGUUUGUUGAAUUAGGUAUGAGGAAAAUGUCAAGCCUUCUCCUAUUAUGAUGAGAAGCCAAGGUGAUUAUUGAACUGUUUGGGUUAACGUGGAGAGUCAUUUAUCAGACAUGAAAAUCUCUUCUUGCGUAAAGCAGUACAAUGGUGCAUAGCAUUUGUAUUUAUGUAACAUUGUUUGUGUUUAUUUUUUGUUUUAUUUAUGCUUGUUGAUUACCAAAACCUGUCCCUUAAUCAGUCACAAUUGGAUUAAUUAUAGUCUUGAAUGGAAAUUCUUGAAAUCCCUAAGAUAUUGUUAGUGGUUUUUGUUUUGUUUUUUUUAUCUGCCCUAUAGAAGUGAAUGUGUUGGUAAACCUUGUGAAAUGGUUACUUGGCCUAAUGUUUGUUAUGAUGUAAUACUCAAAGUUAAUCCCACACUUAACCUGGUAAUGAAUUGCACUCAUAGUAUAACAGAGAAACUUCUUUAAAGUGGUAGAUAUUGAUCCAAGUAUCCUAAACUGUUUAUAUAUAUAUAUAUAUAUAUAUAUAUAUAUAUAUAUAUAUAUAUAUAUAUAUAUAUAUAUAUAUAUAUAAUUUUCUUAUUUUUUUUGGUAUGAUUCUGUUUCAAGGGAAGACCAUGAUAAGACAUUAUGACUCUCACUGGAUUUUAGCCUGAAUAAUUUUUAACUUCUCUGAAGCUUAAUUUAAGUUCUCUGCAUAUCUUAUAAUUUAAUAAAGUUUGCUCAAAUUGAAGGUUUUUUUAACCUCACAUUUUUAAAAAGAUGUUGCAUCUGUACAGCAGAGAUACUUUUAGGGAAUAUGAAUAAAUAUGAUCAUUUUUAUUGUAUGUGGCAUGUUUUGUAUGGAUAUUCUUUUGAAUUGUACAUAUUUUUUUCAGGACGCCAGAGGUUGCAUCUCUUUAUAUACUGGUUUCCCCACUCCCUUUCCCCUUCAUCUUAUUUCUUUGUCUGCUUUUGUUUCUUUGAAAGGAAAAUAAAAUGCAUUUUAAAUAUG